UUCCGAGCAGACCGAAUAAUCACGAUCCUGGCCAAACUUCGCUCAAUUUAUAAGUUUAUAAACAAAAACAGUGAUGCCAUUUGAUCAGAAGCGAAUAAAUGGACCAGAGUCAUCUUUACUCUAUACUCAGUUUAUUGAUAACGAUAACAAAUUUCAAGGAAAGAAUUUGUAUUCAAAAGGAAAACGUGUUGAUGGUCGCGAAAGACAAGAGCAUCGUAAACAUGCUUUUCUGUUGAAUACAAUUUCAAAAGCGAAAGGAUCUUGUUACAUAGAAAAUGGUAACACAAAAAUCAUUUGCGCUGUUUUUGAAUUGAGAGAAAUUCCAAGAAUAAGUAAAUAUUCUGAAAAGGGUCAAAUUUAUUGUGAUUUCAAAUAUGCCGCUUUUUCUCGAAGAAUGAGGAAAUCUAACGAUGAAAACGAAGAAAAACUCAUGUCAACCAAUAUAAGAACAGCUCUAGAGUCAACAGUAUGUCUUCAUGAAUUUCCCAAUUAUCAAAUCGACUUAUAUGUAAUGGUUCUUGAAGAUGAUGGCGCUGUACUAGCUACAGCAAUUAAUGGCUCAGGAUUAGCUUUUAUUGAUGCAUCAAUUCAAUGUUAUGGGAUAAUAACAUCAACUUCCGCCUCUAUCAUAAAUGGCGAGAUAUUUAUUGAUCCAACGAGCGAAGAAGAACGUUUAAAGAAUGACACAAAUAAAUCUAAAUCUGCAAAUUUAACACUUAGCAGCAUAAGUAGCAUGGAUCAAAUACCUCAAGUCUUCUUCCAUGGACUCGCUGAUUUAAGUUUAAUCAAAAGUGCAAAAGAAAAAAUUCUUGACACUAACAAAACUCAUGUUUUGUACUUUAAAAAGCUUUUGAGUAACAAAAUUGCCAAUGUUAGGGCUUAAAGUUACACAAAUAAAAUUGAUUUCCAAAUCUUUAUAUUUUUUUCUAAAUUUAAUUGUAAAAUCGAGAUAAAAAAGUUCUUAAUAAGUAUAAACUAUCCAUACAGGUGUUGUUAAAUACAUUUAGCUUCAUAAGGAAGUGAAAACGCAGCUAUAAUGCCCUCAAGC